AUGGCCCGCCUGACGGAGAGCGAGGCGCGCCGGCAGCAGCAGCAGCUCCUGCAGACGCGGCCCUCGCCCGUGGGCAGCAGCGGGCCCGAGCCCCCCGGGGGGCAGCCCGACGGCAUGAAGGACCUGGACGCCAUCAAGCUCUUCGUGGGCCAGAUCCCGCGCAACCUGGACGAGAAGGACCUCAAGCCGCUCUUCGAGCAGUUCGGCCGCAUCUACGAGCUCACGGUGCUCAAAGACCCCUACACGGGCAUGCACAAAGGCUGUGCCUUUCUCACCUACUGUGCCAGGGACUCCGCCAUCAAAGCUCAGACUGCCCUGCACGAACAGAAGACCUUGCCCGGGAUGGCGCGGCCGAUCCAGGUGAAGCCUGCGGACAGUGAAAGCCGCGGAGGUAGGGACCGGAAGCUGUUUGUGGGGAUGCUGAACAAGCAGCAGUCGGAAGAGGACGUGCUGCGGCUGUUCCAGCCCUUUGGGGUCAUCGACGAAUGCACCGUGCUCCGCGGGCCUGACGGCAGCAGCAAAGGCUGUGCCUUUGUGAAGUUCUCCUCCCACACGGAGGCCCAAGCGGCCAUCCACGCGCUGCACGGCAGCCAAACCAUGCCGGGUGCCUCCUCCAGCCUGGUGGUCAAGUUUGCCGACACGGACAAGGAGCGGACGCUCCGGCGCAUGCAGCAGAUGGUGGGCCAGCUGGGCAUCCUGACGCCAUCCCUCACCCUGCCCUUCAGCCCCUACAGUGCCUACGCCCAGGCCCUCAUGCAGCAGCAGACAACGGUCCUGUCCACGUCGGGCAGCUACCUGAGCCCUGGCGUGGCCUUCUCACCCUGCCACAUCCAGCAGAUCGGCGCCGUCAGCCUUAACGGGCUGCCUGCCACACCCAUCGCCCCUGCCUCUGGACUGCACUCGCCCCCGCUGCUUGGUUCCACUGCCGUGCCCGGGCUCGUGGCUCCCAUCACCAAUGGCUUCGCAGGUGUCGUGCCCUUCCCUGGGGGGCACCCUGCCCUAGAGACCGUGUAUGCCAAUGGCCUCGUGCCCUACCCAGCUCAGAGCCCGACCGUGGCCGAGACCCUCCAUCCUGCCUUCUCCGGAGUCCAGCAGUACACAGCCAUGUACCCCACCGCGGCCAUCACGCCCAUCGCGCACAGCGUCCCCCAGCCGCCGCCCCUCCUGCAGCAGCAGCAGCGAGAAGGUCCCGAAGGCUGUAACCUGUUUAUCUACCACCUCCCCCAGGAGUUUGGAGACACGGAGCUGACGCAGAUGUUCCUGCCCUUCGGCAAUAUCAUCUCCUCCAAGGUGUUUAUGGAUCGGGCCACCAACCAGAGCAAAUGUUUUGGCUUCGUGAGCUUUGACAACCCGGCCAGCGCGCAGACCGCCAUCCAGGCCAUGAACGGCUUUCAGAUCGGCAUGAAGAGACUCAAAGUGCAGCUGAAGCGGCCCAAAGACCCGGGACACCCCUACUGACCGCGCCCACAGCCGCCCGGAGGCUGCGGGCCUGGCCCAGGUGAGCCGCCAGGCGGCCCCACCCGCCCCCACCCCCGCCCCCCACCCCCCCGUCUUGGCCAAACACCCCCUCGUUCUCCAUGCCCUCCCCACCCCCCACCCCCCAGGGGGGAUGCCGCUGGAGACCACAAGGAGCCCCCAGGUUGGGAUGGUGGGGACAGAGCUAGAGAGUCACCCUCCAAUCCCCCCUUUGAUCAGGGCUGGGACAGAGGGUGGAACCGGGGUAGAAGGGGGUUGGGGAAUCCUUCCAGAAGGUUUUGAAGGAUGAACAGAAGUUCACUUGAGAGGCCAGGUUUGGUCUGGGGUGGGGCAUGCUGCAAGGGAGGGGCUUCUGUCCUGUCCUGUGACUCUCCCAGCUGGGCCCCUGUCCAAGUUCCUCAUUCGGUGUCACCCGCGUUCAGUGAACUGGCGAAAAAGUGGAAUGUUUGCCCCGCUCACCAGCAUGCCCCCCCCAAAGAGACCCCCCCCCCCCAACAAAUCCCCAAGAGUGUAUUUUGCCACCAGAGAGAACAACUUUAUCAACAACUAAGCACCUUCUUUGGGGGAAUGAACAGUGAGCCUAAGGGGCCAGUAGGGAAACAUAACUGACCACAGCCUUGAUGAGCCUCAUCUGUGAAAUGGGUUCACGAAAGUCGCCUCCCCAGAAGCAGCAGGGAGGAUCCGCUCGGGGACGCGGUGUUUUCCCAGCUGAGCCCAGGACCCGCCACCUGGAAAGCUCUUGAUCAUUUGUUUUGAUUUUGUUUUUGUUUUGUUUUUAAUCAUGAGCGCCGUCGUCAUCAAAGCGCCGCGCCUGGGGUCUGGCGCGAAGUAGAUGCUCAGUUAGGGGCUGCGCAUGCUUUUCAGACCCUGCCAAAUCAGCACCCGCAGAGUCGAAGGUCACGGGAUCAGACAACUAACAGGCGACCCAUGCACUUUAACACCCUGGGACAGCAAAUCCUUUCUGAGCACCUACUAUGCGCUAGGCACUGUUUGGGGACAGCGCUCGGGGACACAGCUGUGAAUGACCAGAAACGGGGCGGGGGUUGGGGGAGAACUGCCUUCGUGGCAGGGAGCAGGGGAGACAAGAUGAGAAGAAUAAACGCAACUGUUUGCCCCCGGGGGUUGCCAGAUGAGGAAACAGCCUCGGUGGCCAGUCCUUUUCCAAGGCGGACCGCUGGCCUCUGAACCUGGAAAUGGACUCUCUCUGAGCAGACAGGGGCCCUUGGGUUCCUGGAACCCAGCCUGGCCAGGGCAAGGGGGCGGGCGGGGGGCGAUGUCGUCGGCCUGCAUGCCCCCCAUCACCGCACCCUAACGCCCCUCCCUUCUCCGCCAGGUGAGGGGCCUUCCCACCCCAGGAGGGCCUCCCGCUUCCAACCGACCCCGGACUUUUCCGUAAAUUACAACCAAGUUUGGACACCAGCCCCACCCCCUCCCGUCUCCCCUUGCCCCCCCGCCCGCUCCCUAAUGUGAAACACUACUGCGGGCCACACGGAGUGGGAAGGGGGCUUCGUGGUCCGCCCCAGCUGGGGAGGGGGGGCUCCUGAGUUGGGGGCGAGGGCUUCACUGCCCCCACCCUUGGUGGCUUCCCCAAAUUAAAUCACAACUUUUCCUAUAUAUAUAUAUAUGCAUAUAUAUAUAGAGCUAUAGACAGUAUAUAUAUUUUUUGAGUAUAGAUCAUGGGACCAAACUUUUCCGACUUCCUUCCAUCCAAGAGAAGGUGACCCUGGCCCGGUCACUCAGCAGGGACAUAAGAAGGGCUGAGGAUGACCGGGCAGCCCAGUGUGUCCCCACCUCCCGCUGUCAUGUCAGACCAGGGCACGGAGAAGCACUGGGAAUCAUCAGCCAACGCGAUAUACCUCCAGGACAUUGGGCCCCUGCCACCGACGUUCUCGCAGGCCCUUGGGCUCGGCCAGCUCGAGUGUCCCUGGUCUUAGCUGCAGCUUCUGGAACCCCUACCCCCUCUCUCACCCCAGGGCCCUGCCUUCCCCGACAUAGGCAAAGAAGAGACCCCCCCCCCGGCCUCCCACCCCCACCCCCGUCAUAGCCUUACUCAUGUGACCAAUAGCCCUUAGCUUUCCGUCAGGGGCAGACAGGGUCGGGGGAGCCCCCCUGCCCCUCGCGCCCCCUCCCAAGGGCAGGCAGCCGCCCUCCCUGCCUUCGGAUCACCAGCCUGGAGUUCACGAUCUCAUGACCAAGAUCGCCACGCGCGUUGGACAAACCCAACCCGCUCUGGCCCAGCACCCCUUUACCAGAGAUACCUCUACAAAUAAUUUUUUUUUUUUUGAAUUUUGGUCUUUCUGAGAAGAUACAAAGAAGAAAAGAGAAAAAAAAAAAUGGGGAAAAAAAAUCAGACAACAGUGGAUUUUUGUUUCCUAGUUGGGGCGGGGAGGGAGGUCUUGUGGGGCGCCUCUGUAUAGCUACUCAAACCGCGAAAACCCAUCUUGAAGCACAGAGUCAAGUUCGUUGGACGUCCAGUGGGGCCUCUUGCCAAAUGAGGCACCAGAGAACUUCAUAAGCUCAAGAAAAAAAAAAAAUUUGUAAAGAAAAAACAGCCUUCCCUUUUGUUUCUACCAAAAUGUGUUGACCCAGAAAAAAAAAAAAAAAAAA